GUCGGCAUAUCCAGUUCCAAGCUCUUCCAAGCCCUUUUCAGCUUGCUGAAGAGCUUCCAUUCGCGGUUCCGUCGUCCAUCAUCUUCGCCGGGUAAGACCCGAGAGGAAGACUGGUCCGAGUCGACCUGAGCUGCCAUCGUGAAAUGUACACCUACCCACGACAAAGUUCCUCUCGCUCGAUCUCACCCCUUAAUGUCAGAUAGGAUCGAUCCAAAAAUCCGGGGCUCGAGCCGGCCCCUCAUCCACGGCCUCACUUCCCCAGACCACGUGAUCCGAUCGGCGACGCCAAAUGCAACUCGGCUAAACUCUCGCAGAGUGCAGGUUGAACGCCUAUUGGACUGGGCGAGGGGGAGGAAGCAGAUAGUUGCGUAAGCUGGAAUAUCUCCGGCAACGAUUUGUGUGGCAGCGGGGGAUUUUCGCUUCGCUCUUGCUUCGGCAAAGGAAGAAAAGAGUCAAGAGAGGGAGAAGUUUAAACUUCGCGACAGUCGAAAUAGUGGCGAUCGGCCGCCGACUUUCCCAAGUGGAUCCUUGGGCCGUCUGCCAAGAGCACAACCAGUUUUUACACCGAGUCGGUGAUUUGCUGCAUUCUGUUUACCGAUAAGCUAAGUGUGCUCGUUG